AAUCCCAGAAUUGAAAUCGAAGAAAAAUGGGUCUGUUUGGAAGGAAGUCCCUGGCAUCAAGAGUAAAGAGCAUGGCUAACCUCGCAAUCUCUAGGAUUAGUAUUCUCAAGAACCAGCAUCAUGUGAGAUGUUCCUACGCAAGGUCCGAUAUUGUCCAGUUACUCCACCUCGGCCACCACGACCGCGCACUUCUUCGGGCUGUGCUUGUGAUCAAGGAACAAAACAUGUGCGAUGCGCUAGCCAUGAUGGAGAACUACUGCCAUCUUCUGAUUGAGCGAAGGGCACUGUUAGACAGUAACAUGGAAUGCCCUGAGGAGCUGAGGGAGGGCAUAUCAGGCUUGAUCUUUGCAGCUUCAAGAUUUGGUGACUUCCCAGAGCUUCAACAACUAAGACACAUUUUUGCAUCAACAUUUGGUCAAGAAUUCACACUUCAAUGCGUUGAGUUAAGCAAGAGUUGUGGAGUACAUCCAAAGAUGAUAGAAAAACUGUCCACACAUUUGCAUGAAGCUGCAGGCAGAGAGAAAAGACUGAAAAUUGUAAAUCAAAUUGCUAUUGACAGUGGAAUUGGUCUCCGGGCAGAUGAAAAUAUGGACAACAAUCAAGAUAAACAGCGCAGUCAAUCCACGCAAGAAGAAUGA